GGCGGCUCCGACCCUGGGGCAGUGGCGUCGCCCGGGUCCCCGCAGCCGCGCGCGCAGGUAUGGACAUCAUGAAAAGCCUUGCACGGUGACUGACAGCAUUUGUUAACGGGACAUAAGGCAGCGCCCUCUACCCCACUGCAGUGACUUUCACUAGUGGGCCCAGUUGGCAGGCCUCACUGUUCAUCAAUGGAGCCCUGGGCAGGAACUGAGGGACAGUGGCAGCCAUGCCUCCCCCUGCUCCAGCCACACCGUCUGCCUGUUAACCUGCACGCUGGGGGUGCCCCAGGGACCCCAAGAGGACUGAUCAUCUGAGCCGGCUUCAUUCACUCCGAGUACUGACUCCACCAAGAUGUGGCUGGAGUGGCUGGUAACCUGGAGCUGGUCUCUGGAUGGCCUGAGGGACUGCAUUGCCACUGGCAUCCAGUCCGUGCGGGACUGCGACAGCACAGCCGUGGUCACUGUGGCCUGCCUGCUGGUCCUGUUUCUCUGGUACUGUUACCAUGUGGGCAGAGAGCAGCCCCGACCCCAUGUGUCCGUCAACUCCCUCCUGCAGGGCGUCGAUGCCAACGGACUGCAGAAUGGGUCCAUGUACUGCCAGUCGCCCGAGUGUGUACACUGCACGCACCACGACGGCCUCAACCAGAAGCUCUACCACAACCUGCAGGAAUACGCCAAGCGGUACUCCUGGUCCGGCAUGGGCCGCAUCCACAAGGGCAUCCGGGAGCAGGGCCGUUACCUCAGCAGCCAGCCCUCCAUCCAGAAGCCCGAGGUCUUCUUCCUGCCUGACCUCCCCACAUCACCCUACUUCUCCCGGGACGCCCAGAAGCACGACGUGGAGCUGUUGGAGCGGAACUUCCAGGCCAUCCUCUGCGAGUUCGAGACGCUCUACAAGGCCUUCUCUAACUGCAGCCUCCCGCAGGGCUGGAAGGUGAACAGCACCCCCAGCGGGGAGUGGUUCACCUUUGACUUUGUGAACCAGGGCGUGUGCGUCCCCAGGAACUGCCGGAAGUGCCCACGGACUUACCGCUUGCUUGGCAGCCUCCGGACCUGUAUCGGCAACAAUGUUUUCGGGAACGCCUGCAUCUCAGUGCUGAGUCCUGGGACUGUGAUCACGGAGCAUUACGGACCCACAAACAUCCGCAUCCGGUGCCACCUAGGUCUGAAGACUCCCAACGGCUGCGAGCUGGUGGUGGGGGGCGAGCCCCAGUGCUGGGCGGAAGGCCGAUGUCUGCUCUUUGACGACUCCUUCCUGCACACUGCGUUCCAUGAAGGUUCUGCUGAGGACGGCCCACGGGUGGUUUUCAUGGUGGACCUCUGGCACCCCAACGUGGCAGCUGCUGAACGGCAGGCCCUGGAUUUCAUCUUUGCCCCAGGACGAUGAGGACGUUUGCCUGGGCCGGAGCCGGGCUGAGUGGGAGCCUGGGUGGACUGUGGGGGGCAGCCCACCCUGACCAUGCCCUGAUCCAUGCUGGAAGCGGAAAUGGCUUCCUGCCACUGUGGGGCAUCAUUCUUUUGGUUACUGGGGACUUCCUAGGUUUCUCUCCCCUUCUGGUUAUUUGCUGGGACUUCUGGCCUACCAGUGUGUCUGUCCCUUUGGCUGUGACCAGAGACUCUGUGCCCCUCCAGUCUGUGUCACUUUGCUACCUGAUGUCUUCUCCGUGUUCUGGAAUAGAGUAACCAAAUGGCUGUUUGUCUAAAUGUAAUCAUCUCAAACUUACGUAGCUGUGAGAACAAACAAACAAACACAAACAAAAAAAAACGGAACACCACAAACCAGAAGCCAUUGAGCCAGACAGCUUGACCUCCGAUGCUGGGGUUCUUAGGACCCUUCACUGUCCCGAAGCAAGAGGCCACCUGCAGCCCGCACACCCAGUUGGGUUCAUUAUGAGCUGCCAGACAACCGGCAGGGUGGUGCAUAGGUCAAGGCCCAGGAAAUCCGUCAUUAUCGCUGUCACCCAAAGUCUAGCAAGCCCCGGUGGUUGUGACCAGGGCCUUUUCUUUAACCACAGCUUCCUACAGAGCUGAAGACCAGUGAGGGCUCUCAGGUCAGCCGCAGAACAGGGAUCCACUCAGCUCACUGCCUCCAGAAGCCUACUGCCAAGCCAGGCCUCACACAUGCUGCUGCUGUGGUUUUGAGUGUGCCAAGCUUGGCAGGAACCAUGCCGGGCUGAACCUCUGCCACCAACCACAUGACCAGAGUGUCCAUCAUGCUUUGGAGUGUGUUGCCUAAGAGUUGACAUUUAUUAUAUCUGUACAUAACCAUUCAGAUGCUAGUAGACGAGAGAUGGCAUAGAGUCAUCCCCAUGUCUGUCAGCCCAGUGGCUCAGUGGGUAUGAGGACACCCUUGGGUAUGAGGAUACCAGAGAGAGCCACAGACCCACAGACAUGGCGCUGGUUCUUUGGUCUCCAGAGAAGACAGUUAUUGUCCCAAAGUGAAGGCCGUCCAGAGGCCCUGAGUCCAGCUGAUGUGAGAAUGGAGCCAGCCAGCCAGCCAUCCUCAGGAUGCUCUCUGGCAGUGGUAGCCCAUGAGCAUUGUGCAGAGCAGGACAGAAUGGACAGCUUGCCUUAUCUAGAGGUUCAGUGUUAGGUCCAAAUGCCAACCAGCCACCUUUAGACAUUAACUGGAUGAUGUCAGUCCACGAUGGAGGGAGAGCACCCAGAAUGCUUCUCUACUCAGAGCUGGGGAGGUAACCAUUGGGCUCUGGAGCUUCUGCACUCGGGGUCUCCGCAGAGCCCCUCAAAGUGCAUGACUCCCUCAUAUCCUGGCUGCCCCACCACCAAGGACACAGGUGGGGAACAGGAAGUAAAUAAAGAGC